AGCUUCCUCCUAUAUUGGUUCACUGCGAUUCCCUGAACUGCCUUCCUAGAUGCACAGAACCGCGGAGACAUGAGCCAAGCGAAAUGAUGGAGCCUUCAGGACCGUCGAUACCCCAGAAUGAGAAAAAUGACGGCCAUUGUCGUUGUUCCAGGUGAGUUUGUCCUCCUUCAGCACUUCAUUCGCAAACAACCCUUAGCGACGUCCUCUUCCGUCGUUCCUCAGUCUGUUGAAUCGGAACCCUCUCCCGAUCUCUCCUCUCAGCUCCUUUCAAUCCUCUCCCAAUCGAAUUGGCAAAAUCAUCCCUCUCUUCGAAAGCUUAUUCCCUCCAUAUCCCCAUACAAUGUCACCUCCGUCUUCGCCAGCCCCUCUCUCAAUCCCCAGAUUGCCCUCCAUUUCUUCUACUAUCUCGCGCAGAGACCUAGGUUCAAACACACAGUCCAAACGCACUCGUUAUUGUUAAACAUAUUGGUUUCCAAUAAGUUUGUUGAUGUUGCCCAGAAAACUCGCAUUUCAAUGAUCAAGGCUUCGGAUUCCAUCGAUGAUAUGCGGUUUGUUUUGGAUUUUUUGAGGAAAAUGAAUAAAGCUGAUGGUGAUUUUCAGUUUAAGCUUAAUCUUAAGAGUUAUAAUACUCUGUUAAUGUCGUUAGCCAGAUUUUUAUUGAUUGAUGAAAUGAAGAGUGUGUAUGUGGAAAUGUUGGAUGAUAUGGUAUGGCCUAACAUAUACACUUUUAAUACAAUGGCUAAUGUCUAUUGCAAAUUGGGUAAUGUAGUUGAGGCUGGUUUGUAUGUGAGUAAGAUUUUUCAAGUGGGUUUGAACCCAGAUUCGCAUACGUAUACUUCCUUGAUAUUGGGGCAUUGUACGAGUAAAGAUGUAAAUAGUGCACGUAAGGUUUUUGAAUAUAUGGCUAGAAAGGGUUGUCAAAGGAAUGCAGUUUCUUAUACAAAUAUUAUACAUGGACUCUGUGAGGCUGGGCUGGUUGAUGAGGCUAUUGAGUUGUCUAGAAAAAUGGGGGAGGAAGAUUGCCAUCCGACUGUGAGGACUUAUACUGUGAUUAUAUGUGCAUUGUGUAAGAUGGGGAGGAAAGAGGAAGCAAUGAUUUUUUUUAAAGAAAUGAGGGAGAAAGGGUGUGAACCAAAUGUACAUACUUACACCGUGCUCAUUGACAGUACGUGUAAAGAUAAGAGACUUGAUGAGGCAAGAAGGAUGCUAGAUGGAAUGUCAGAGAAAGGAUUGACUCCAACUGUAGUUACAUAUAAUGCACUCAUUGAUGGAUAUUGCAAGCAGGGGAUGUUGGAGGCUGCAAGGGAAAUUUUGCAGUUGAUGGAAUCUCAUAAUUGUAGUCUAAAUGCUCGGACAUAUAAUGAAUUGAUCUGUGGCUUUGGUAGAAAGAAAGAUGUGCACAGGGCUAUGGCUCUAUUGAAUAAAAUGCUUGAAUAUAAGCUUUCACCAGACCUGGUGACUUAUAAUACAUUAAUUCAGGGGCAGUGUAGAGUUGGUCAUUUAGAUAGUGCAUAUAGGUUGCUUGAUUUGAUGAAUGGAAAUGGUUUGGUUCCUGAUGAACGAACUUACAGUAUUUUAAUUGACAGUCUCUGCAAACAGAAGAGGAUAGAUGAAGCUCAUGUUCUAUUCGAUUCUCUAAAGGAAAAAGGCAUCAAACCAAAUGCAAUUAUGUUUACUGCUUUGGUUGAUGGGUAUUGCAAAGUCGGGAAAACAGGUAAUGCCCAUUUGCUGUUCGAAAGAAUGCUUACUGAGGAUUGCUUACCGAACUCAUACACUUACAAUGCUCUGAUAGAUGGGAUGUGCAAAGAGAGAAAAGUACAGGAAGCAUCAUUUAUAGUAGAAAAGAUGAUGAAAAUGGGAGUGAAGCCCGUGGUCCACACGUACACAAUUCUCAUCAAUCAAAUGCUGAAGGAAGGUGACUUUGAUCGUGCUCAAAGAAUGUUCAACCAAAUGGUUUCCUUAGGAUGUAAGCCUGAUCUAAAAACUUACACUGCAUUUCUUCAUGCAUAUUGCAGUAUAGGAAAAUUAAAGGAAGCAGAGGAUGUGAUGGCUAAGAUGAUUGCAGAGGGAGUUGUGCCAGAUUCGCUGACGUACACAUUGUUAAUUAAUGCAUAUGGAUGUUUGGGAUUAUUAUGUUCUGCCUUUGAUGUUCUCAAGCACAUGUUUGAUACUAGUUGUGAGCCUUCUCAACAUACCUAUGCUUUUUUAAUCAAGCACCUCUUGAAGGAACAGGGGAUGAAAGGUACUAUCGAUCCUGUAGAUCCUCUUUUGGUUUCAAAUGCCAGCCAUGUUGAUACCGCAGAUGUGUGGAAAACAAUGGACUUUGAACUUGCUUUGGAGCUCUUUGGGAAAAUGAUUGCACAUGGUUGUUUGCCAAAUUCUGACACUUACAACCAGAUCAUUAAAGGGAUUUGCAAAGUGGGGCGCUUGGAAGUGGCCCAGAGGUUAUUUAUUCAUAUGAAAGAAAAGGGCUUUUCUCCUAAUGAAGAGACUUAUAACUCUUUUCUUCAUUGUUGCUGCAAACUUGGGAUGUAUGCGGAAGCUGUGAAGGCGGUGGACAAUAUGAUGCUGCAAGGCCAAUUACCACACCUCGAGUCUCUGAAGGUGCUUGUCAGUGGACUUUAUGACGAUGGAAACAAAGAGAAUGCUAAAGCAGUUUUCUGUACUUUGCUUAAUAUGGGGUAUAAUGAUGAUGAGGUAGCUUGGAAAAUUCUAAUUGAAGGCUUACUCAAGAAGGGACUUGCUCAUUUUUGUUCUGAACUACUGGACAUAAUGGAGAAAAGAGGUUGCCGGAUUCAAUCUCGAACAUAUGAAAUGCUGAUUAAGGGACUUGAUGGAACAUAAGAUAUUAAAAUUGGUAGCUUUUCAAAAUUGCUUUCAUUCACAGGGAAAAGGCUUUCCCACUUCAUUUUCUUGCUAAUUGUGGGCAUCAAUGUGCUUUGUAGCACUCGUUUCGUUUGGCACUGGCAGACUCAUUGAGUCAGUACAGUCUCAUACUCUCAUCAGCGUUGUGAGGAGCUGCUGGUUUAAUUAGCUGCCGUGCCACAUAAAGCAAAUAUGUUUUGCGGAUCAACCUAACAGACAGCUACCUGGAAUUCCUACAAGCUCUUGAAGAAAAACAUGGUUCAUAUUUCCUUAUGUCUACAUGAAUUAGAGAUGGAUGAUAGUCAUAUGUAAGCAAUCAUUUGGGACCAUUGGAGAUAUGGAUCAUAUCAGUUGCCUGAUGCCAAAGGUUACAGUAGUAUGUUACAAUACCUGCUGGGAAUCAGUAAUUAUGGAAGAAGAACAACAACAAAGGGGACGUGAAGAGAUAUUGUCAAUGAGUUUGAAGGAUUUCAAGGGACUCGCUGAUGCAAUUGAGUAGAUCAAAGGAGUUGUGGUUGCGAUUGCAUCUCCAAAUAUUGCUGCUGCGAACAGAGAGUGUUCUAACUUAUGUCAAGGGAAGAAAGCUCCAUACAAAUGCACAUGAAA